AUGGGUCUGCCUGGUGGUGCCCAGGAGACCCUCCUGAGCAAAGGUCUAAAUUUUUGCCCCACACCGGGCGAACCUGACUUCGGAGAACUCUUUAAGGACUUGGAUAAAUUCCACGUCAGUCUCCGACGCAGGGCAUUUUUUCACGAAAAUAACCCUGACUUAGACCAAGCCCCAAACCAGGAUGAUAACACUCUGGAACGCAAGUUCAAACUACCAUCCAAAUGGAACCCCCCAGGACCCCCGGAUCUAGAGGCUUUCAUUAGAACCAAUGAAUAUCACUUCGACCGGAUCCCUCUCCAUUCACCCCGCUCCAACAACCUUACGUCGGCCGAAAGGGAAGCAUUGACCCAACUCAAGGCAAUGCCACAGAUUGUUAUCAAACCCGCAGACAAGGGCUCUGCAGUAGUAAUCAUGAACAGACAAGAUUACAUUUCGGAAGCUGAACGCCAACUGUCAAACCGGACACACUACCGUCCUACGACAGAGAAUCUCACUGAUUCACAUGCGGCCAAUGUCACAUCCUUCUUAAAAGACAUGCUGCAAACAGGGGAAAUCACACAAAAAAUGUUUGACUAUCUAGCCCCAGUGGAACCCAAAACACCGGAAUUUUACUUACUUCCAAAAAUCCACAAAGGGGUCUUACCACCACCAGGCAGACCCAUAAUGUCGGCUAAUGAUUGCCCGACAGAACGCAUCUCGCAACUAGCCGACCACUUCCUUCAACCAUUGGUUAAAACAACCAAAUCAUAUAUUAAGGACACCACCCAUUUCCUACAAACGAUCACAGCUCUGGGAGAAAUCCCAGCUGGGACUUUAUUGGUCACUCUCGAUGUCACAUCACUUUACACAAACAUCCCUAUAUGGGAGGGCAAAAGAGCUGUGGCACGCCAUUUGAGGAACAGAGGCCAACAACACGGCCCUAACAAUCAGUCUAUAAUCAAACUUCUUGAUCUAGUACUGUCACAAAACAACUUUCAGUUCAACAAACAGAACUACUUACAAGUCUCAGGAACGGCCAUGGGAACAAAGGUCGCACCAUCCUUUGCUAAUCUCUUCAUGGCAGACUUCGAGGAACGUCACGUCUACACUCACCCGACACAACCACUAGUCUGGGUACGUUUCAUAGAUGACAUCUUCGCCCUCUUCGCAUGCACGAGAGAGGAAGUGGACAAUUUUGUGACGAAUCUCAACUCACAACAUCCCACUAUCAAAUUCACUGCCGACAUUUCGGAUUCCAGUGUCACAUUCUUAGACACACGUGUCCACGUCACAUCCACCGGUCAAAUCUAUACAGACCUGUAUACCAAACCCACGGAUGCACACAACUAUCUUCUAUACUCAUCAGCUCACAUUAGAUCAUGUCUCAAUGGCAUACCUUAUGGACAAUUUCUGAGAAUCCGCAGAAUUUGUUCAAACUUAGAAGACUUUGAGAAACACGCGCUCGUGAUAGCACAUCACUUCGAACGCAGAGGUUACCCUAAACCACUCAUAGAGACGGCCCUUAUACGGGCACAUAGGCAAGACCGCCAGUCUCUUCUCAACCCGGAUCCUACCAUAAUAGGUACUCAGGAGGAAGACAAAGCUCCUUUCUACUUUGUCACAACCUUCAACCCGGCGCUAACACAACCAGCAGCCAUUUUAAAAGACAACUUGGACAUCCUAGCUAGACACAAAACUACUCUACACCUUCAUGAGCACAACAGCCCCAACCCUCCUCAUAUCCCACUGAUAGAGUACAGCUCCCCCAUACUACAAUAA